AUGGCAGAUUCAGACUCCAACAUCACGGCUGAGGGCCAUCCCAGUGAUAUACCCGACGCCGCCUUCGUCCAGCCCAUCGGUCCUCUCAGCCCGUCCAUCGUCUUUGGGGUCGCCUCCCCAACAUAUAACCUCUCUUGCGAAUCGGCCAUAUCAUCUGCACUCAUCUCUCCGCCACAAUCCACCAUCGGCACAGACUACAACGACAACGACUACGACGCCGACACGGACGAAAACGGCGGCACCAUGCCCCCAGCCACCAAGAGGCAGCAGCAGCAGCAGCAGCAGCAGCACGAGGGAAGCAGCGGCAACGCACACAACAGAAACGAAAACAACAAUCACCGCAUCCGCCUGCCCAUCAACAUCUUCCUGUACGGCACGCUGGCCGACCCGCACGUGCUCGCCUAUUUCGCGCGCCUCCCGGGCCCGCCGAUGCUGACCGAUGCCAGCAUCUCGGGCUUCAAGCUGAUGCGGUGGGGCGGCGACGGUGCCUCGACCACGACCACGACGACCACCACUACCCGCCGCGGCGGGCACCCGACCGUGGUACCGGGCAGCCACGACACCGACGUGGUGCACGGCAAGGUGUGGGUGUGCCACACCAUGGAGCGGUUCCAGCUGCUGCAGCGCUACAAGACGAGCAUGUACUCGCACGCCCCUUGCGCCAUCGAGGUGCACAACGGCCCUGCCGUCGGCCGCAUCGUGCCCGGCCGCACCUUUUGCUGGCCUGCGUCCAGGGGCCUCGAGGGCCUCGAGCCCGUCAAGGGCGGCGGUGCCGCCGCCGGCCGCUGGGACUUGUCCGAGUACCGCCGCUCCGAGACGUACCGCAUGAUCCGCGAGGCCACGAUAUGGGUCGACACGGCCGAGACAGAGGUCAGGCACCUGGAGCGGAGUCGGCAAUGUCCGCCCAGGCUGCCGCUGUAUGGUAGCUAG